ACAAACUGUGACCAUGUUAUUUAAUCGAAAAUAGUCUCGGCUGCAACUAGGAAAAAAGAAGGGAGAGAGAUUACAAACAAAAAAACAACUUGGCGACCAUAAAGGCAACUCGGACCGCUGGCAGUUGCUUUAGAGUUCGGAACAACAAACAAGAAAGAGGGCAGAAAGAAAGUUUCACCAAACAAAAGUAGUUCUUGAGCGGAUGAGGUAGGCUCUCCGUGUAACUUCAAACACAUUUGGUGAGCAGACGGAUCUCGGUCCCGAGGUCUUUUAGACCAGUGGAUCCUUUAUCUAGACAGAGAUUUCGUGCUAGUCUCUGCUUGUGGAAACUUUUUUUUUCCCCCGAAAGAAAGAAACACGUUUGGAAAGUUUGAAGGGACGCGUGCAGUUUGUGGUUUUAAUGGACUGAUCAGACACGAUAAAGACAUGUAAACAGGAAGUCUGAAAUAUUUAAAUGUCACCAGGAAAGGGGUAGCUGUUUUCACCCUCAGCAGGACAGGAGCUGUGAGACAACAGGCAAACAGUUUGAAGGAUUCCAUUCUGGGAGAGGCAGUUUUGGAGGCUAGUGAGCCAUGCCUUUCAGGCUGAAAUUGAGGAGGACCAGACGGUACAAUGUUCUGAGCAAGAACUGCUUUGUGACACGCAUACAGCUCCUGGAUAGCAGUGUCAUUGAAUGCACGUUCUCCAUGGAGAGUACUGGACAGGAAUGCUUGGAGGCCGUGUCUCAACGGUUGGAGUUGCGUGAGACUCAUUAUUUUGGACUGUGGUUCCUCAGUAAGACUCAACAGGGUCGAUGGGUGGAGCUAGAAAAAGCCCUGAAAAAACAACUAGACAAAUUUGCUAAUGAGCCUCUCCUCUUCUUUGGAGUGAUGUUCUACGUGCCCAGUGUCUCAAGACUUCAGCAAGAAGUCACAAGGUAUCAGUAUUACCUGCAAGUAAAGAAAGAUGUGCUUGAUGGACGGCUUCCUUGUACGUUAGAGCAAGGCAUUCGGCUAGCUGGUUUAGCUGUGCAAGCUGAUUUUGGAGAUUAUGGACAAUAUGAAUCCCAGGAUUUCCUCCGGGAAUAUGUUUUGUUCCCAAUGGACUGGGCUCAGGAUCAACGGGUUCUGGAAGAAAUGACGUGCAAGGUAGCACUGCAGCACCAGGCCUACAGUGGAAUGCCAGCUGCAGAAGCCGAGUUGCUAUAUAUAAAGGAAGUGGAACAGCUUGAAGGCUUUGGUCAAGAAAGUUUCCCUGCUAAGGAUAACCUUGGGAACGACACUGUUAUUGGUAUUUCUUUUAUGGGAAUAUUCGUAAAGCACAGGAAUAGCCGGCCAACUAUAACUUACAGAUGGAAUGAAAUUGGAAAUAUUACACACAAUAGGUCUUCAAUUAAUGUGGAGCUAACGAACAAAGAAGAAACAGUUCCAUUUUACACAGAUGAUAUGGAAAUGGCAAAAUACAUCUCAAGGUUGUUCACAGCAAGACACAAAUUUUAUAAACAGAAUAAAAUCUGCACAGAACAAACACAGUCAUGUUCUCCGACACCAAUCAGGAGACGACCCACAUGGAGCAGAUCAUCUUUGCCAAGGCAACAGCCAUUUAUAAUGUCACCAAUGCAUGUACAGUACGGAGAGCAUUAUACUGAAACAAACACCUCACAAGAUAGCAUUUACCAUGGCAAUGAGGAAAGAUUCUACUGCAGAUCUCAAUCUAGUUUGGACAGAUGUCCAGUGGAAUAUAAUUACAUGAAUGGAACUGUGCCAAAUGGCAGUGUAUAUAGUGCUUCUAGCAUGAACUCAUUGAAUCAUUCACAAAACUUCAUCCAGGCAUCACCAGUGUCUUCUAAUCUCAGCAUUCCUGGAAGUGACAUCAUGCGUGCAGAUUACAUCCCCAGCCACAGGCACAGUGCUAUCAUUGUCCCCUCAUAUAGGCCUACGCCUGACUACGAGACUGUAAUGAGGCAAAUGAAACGAGGCGUUAUUCAUAUGGAUUGUCAAAGUCAGUCAUUGAGAAAUCUUAAUAUUGGAAAUACUCAUGCAUACAAUCAGCCGGAACCUAUGGUUUACAGUCAACCGGAGAUAAGGGAGCGAUCACAAUAUCCUUCUCGAUAUGGGUCAAAGCACAGUUACAGUAAACCUGUAGCCACUUCUGCUCAACAAAAUGCCAGCCAUCCAGCAUCUACCCGGACAGCAAAUAGUGCAAUCUCACACACAGUAAGCACACCAGAGCUUGCCAAUAUGCAGUUACAGGGUACUCAGAAUUACAGUACUACCCACAUGUUGAGAAACCAUUUUUGUAGGCCACCCCCUCCGUAUCCACGUCCUCGGCCUGCCACUAGUACACCAGACCUUGCCAGUCACCGCCAUAAGUACGUUAGUGGCAGUAGCCCUGAUUUAGUCAGUCGUCGGGUCCAGCUCUUUGUGAAAACAUUUCAAGAGGACAGUUCACCUGUCGUGCACCAGUCCUUGCAGGAGGUCAGUGAACCCCUCACAACAGCCAAACAUCAUGCAGCUGUUAACAAACGUCACAGCCUAGAGGUAAUCAGCAGUAUGGUACGAGGUAUGGAGGCCAUGGCACUGAAAACUUUAAGUGCUUCAGUCCCUCAACGUAGGAACACCAUGCGUGACCAACGCCGUCAAGACGACCAGGUUCAAGAGGUUCAACAGCAACCUUCAUAUCAUCACAAGAAGACACUGUCAGAUGCGACAAUGCUAAUUCACAGCAGUGAAAGUGAAGAUGAAGAGGAGACCCCUGACUAUGAUGUCCAAAUACCAACAUUUAAUCACAAUAUAGACUAUCGAGCCCAGCUGCAGGCAGCAUUGGCAAAAAUACCAAACAAACCCCCUCCUGAAUACCCAGGCAACAAAAAAAGUAUAAGCAAUGGUGCCUUAAGACAGGAACAAGCUAAAAUGUCAGAGUUUGCUAUCAGGAACAAACUGCCAGGUUCUGAACUGGAUACAUUCUCACGAAAUGAACAGAUGACACUUAAUGGGUCUUCACUUGGGCCGUCCAUUUCUGAGCCUGAUCUCACCAGUGUGAAAGAGCGUGUCAAAAAGGAGCCAGUCAAAGAAAGGCCUGUAUCGGAACUGUUUUCUACUGAAGACAGCAUUGUGGAAAGGGAAAUCAUGUUGAGGAAUUUAGAAAAACAGAAACUAGCAGCAGCAGCAGAAGCCCAAAAGAUAGGGCCACUGAAGUGGGCGGCCCUCAAUGGACUAUCAAUGGCCAGGGUUCCAGUGCUCGAGGACAGCCAAGAUGACACUUCAAAGGUCCCAAUGGAUGAAAGGUGUAGAAUGCUGGAAAAAAAGCUGGAAGAAGAUAUGGUGUUUACAGAAUAUGAACAGAUCCCAAAGAAGAUGGUAGAUGGUGUUUUCACCACAGCAACUCUUCCAGAAAAUGCAGAACGGAAUCGUUUCAGGGAUGUUGUUCCAUAUGAGGAGAACAGGGUGGAACUUGUGCCAACCAAAGAAAACAAUACUGGCUAUGUCAAUGCCUCCCACAUCAAGGUUACAGUUGCUGGAGAAGACUGGCAUUAUAUUGCCACACAGGGACCCCUGCCACAUACAUGCCAUGACUUCUGGCAAAUGGUUUGGGAGCAAGGAGUGAAUGUUAUUGUCAUGGUUACAGCAGAAGAAGAAGGAGGAAAACCAAAGACUCAUCGAUACUGGCCCAAACUGGGUUCGAAACACAGCUCAGCAACAUAUGGGAAGUUUAAGGUGACAACCAAAUUCCGCACAGAUUCUGGUUGCUAUGCAACAACAGGUUUAAAGGUCAAGCAUCUUUUGUCUGGACAGGAGAGGACUGUGUGGCACUUGCAAUACACAGACUGGCCAGAUCAUGGCUGUCCAGAAGAUGUACAGGGGUUUUUAUCUUAUCUCGAAGAAAUUCAGUCUGUCCGUCGACACACCAACAGCAUGCUGGAUUCUACCAAGAGCUGCAACCCACCAAUAGUUGUGCAUUGCAGUGCAGGAGCUGGACGAACAGGAGUGGUGAUUCUAACAGAAGUUAUGGUUGGUUGUCUGGAGCAUAAUGAGAAGCUGGAAGUGCCAGUAAUGCUGGGAUUUCUCCGACAACAGAGAAUGUUAAUGGUUCAGACAAUAGCUCAGUACAAGUUUGUCUACCAGGUGCUCAUUCAGUUCCUGAAGAACUCUCGGUUGAUUUAGAUGUGAAUUCACAAACGCUGUAUUUAAACAACCUUAACAAUUAGCAGUGGAAACGGAGCUAGCUUUCUUUCCCAAAAAAAGUGCAACUCAGUCCAUCAAGUUUUUGUCAAGUGAUACCUUGAUUUUUGGAACUGUGCCCUUUAUGUUGUGAGUUUUAUUGAUUUUAAAGCUGCUGUUGAAUCCUUCCAUACAAUUCUAAAAUACUGAGCAUAAUAGCAAGGAACAGGACAUUCUGUGUGCACACUUAACAUGAGUGAAUGGUGGCAUUCUUUUGCAGUUGCUGUGCUUCUGAUUGCACAGUGAUGUUCCAGAAUGAUGUUUUCCAAUUAAACAAAUGGAGCACUGUCUGCCUUGUAGAUUUAUAAAGAAGACGUACAUUCAAGAGCUAAACGUAUGUUGGAAAUGCUGCUGUAUUAACUUGAGCAAUAUUCCUUUAACAUUGCCUUACUCUCAUCGUUAAAAGACCUAAAAAUAUCAGAGGGACUGAUCCAUUUCAUAGCAACUUGAGGAUGACCUAAUGAUUUUAUAAACCUUUAAUAAAGAUGAUAAAUUUUGUAUAAUUGACUAAAGCUGGUUUGCAUAGUUAUAUUUGCAAUUUUGAGCUAAUUAUUACCAUCUACUUUUAACAGCAAUAACACAGUGAUAAUUUGUUAGAUUACUUUGAUUGUUUAGUAUGAAAACAAUGGCAACACAAACUUUAACCUUUUUGAACAUCUAUUCUCCUUGACACUUUAUGCUUCUUGGCAUGAUUGCAAACAUUUUGGAUGUAGUUACAGACCACGCCUCAAGGUGGCAAAGUUUCCAGGAAUAUAGGACAGAUUUAUAGCCACAUCAACAUCAGAGCUCGUGUAUUAAUAGAAGCUGUAUGGAUAUCCCCAGUAUUUUGGUGGUUUCACUGGUGAUUAGUGACAGGAUUGAAAGCGAUACUAUUCCCAUAAAUAGCAGGAGAUUCUGCGGAGAGAGAGAUUGAGACAUCUGACUGUGGCACCGUCAGCACUGUGUUGACAUUGCACUUUGAUUAGUGUUAUUUUGCUAUUUUUAAGGAAGCCAGAAUCUUCCACAUUGCAACAUGUUAGGAAUUCUCAAGAGUUAAAUAUUCAUCAGCUGCAGGUAAUUGGAGGAAUGAGAUAUAUCUCUGGGAAAAGAAAAUGUUUCUAUAUUGGGAGUUAAUCAGAUGUGUGGCUGAAUUAUUAUCUGGCUGUAUAAUCAUCUGGUCAGUUAUUGAGCAAAGGACAGUACAUGUUUCUGUCAGAGACAAGAGAUGAAACUUUGUUACUUGUUCAAAGGAGUAGCAGAAUAUUGCUUGUAUCUUUCAUGACUUAAUAAGUAAAUGUACCCUGGGUUACGGAGUGGGGCAUUGAUUGGUAUAAUAGUUUAAGAUUGGAAAUAUUUAAAUAGCAUGACAUGGUUUAUUCCUGUGGAAUUCCAGUGAGUUACCAAUUUUAGUCUUGCCCAUUUUCAGGAAUGUUGGAUUACUUUCUUGAAGGAUAAAAGGAAAAUUAGUCAUUUGGAGGUAUAUUCACACACACGCACAAGCAACACUAUAAGAGGCCUGCAGCAUGUUGCUAUUAUCCAGUUAUGAUCUGAGUGAUGUUUUACAACAGGAAAAUUAACUGAAGUUCUUCUAAAACUUUUAUAAGGAUGUUUGACCCUUAAGCUAGCAACUGAUACUUGGUCCCCUAAUUGUAAGUGCAGUAUUUUUAUUCUAUGACUAACACACCAGGCUGUUCUUUUAUUAUUAAACUGAGUUGUCCGCUAAAGCUGGCUUCAAACACUAGAAUUUAUGCUGAGUUGCAUGUUACACAGACUUUACUCAAGGAAUGAAACUACUAGCAACUCCUACAAACUACAGAAAAUGCUGAAAAUUCUCAUCUGGUAAGGUAUCAGCCCUCGGCCCAAACAUUAGUCACUUCAUCAAUGUAAGGUUUAAAGUGCAUUGUUUGCUGAUGAUUAUGCAGUAUUCAAUUUGUGAUUCCUUUGAUACUGCUGUAGUCUUUACAUUUGUGCAACAAGACCUAGAGAACAUUAAGAUAUAGGUUGAUAGGUGUCAAGAAAAAUUCAUGGCACACAAUGCCAGGCAAUGACCAUCUUGCCUCAACGUUCAAUAGCAGCACUGAAUCCUUCAUCAUCAAAAGCCUUUGACUAGAAACUGAACCGGUCCAGCCAUAAAAAUGCUGUAGCUACAAGACUAGCUCAGAGGCUGGGAUUUAUGCAGUGUAUAACUUACGUUCUGACUCCCCAAAGUCUGACAAGUAUCUGCAAUGCGCAAGUCUGUAGUCUGAAGGAGUACUCUCCACUUGUCUGGAUGAGUGCUGCUGCAACACCACUCAAAAAGCUUAACGUAACUCAUGACAAAAUAGACCUCUUGAUUGCCACUGUAUCCAGCAACUUAAACAUUCAGUGCCACAACCAUUGACACACAGUGGAAGCUGUGCGCACCAUCUGCAAGAUGCAUUGUAACAACUUGCAAAGCCUCCUUCAACAGUAUAUUCCACACCCACAAUUUCUACCACAUAGAAUAACAGGGACAACACAUGCAUUGGGACACCAUCACCAGCAAGUUCUCCUCCAAGUGUCACACCAUGCUGACUUGGAAUUAUAUCACCAUUCCUUUACUGUCAAUGGAUCACAAUCCUGUAACUCCUCCCUUCAAGACUGUAGUUCUUCCUACACCACAUGGACAGCAACCAUUCAAGAAGGUGACUUAGUGCUAUCUUAGUCAGUUGGGAAUGGGUAGUAAAUGCUAGCCUGGCCAUUGCAUGCUCACAAAAGUACAGUUCUGAGUUCUGAAACAUUAACUGUUACUUGCACGACAGAUACUACCUGUCGUGAGUGCACCCAGAAUUGUCUGUUUGUGUUUCAGUUUUUCAGGAUCUGCUUUAUUUCUUCCUCUACAAUCGAAUUGAAUUGACAGUGUAGGGUACAGCAAUAUAUAUAUAUAUGAAUAAAAUUUUCAU